AAACAGAGAGAGCAAGAGAGAGAUGGAUGAUGCGCGGUGCGCAAGCUCUCGCGCGAUCCCUUUGUGUUAUUUUCGUGCGAGAAUCGCCGUUCGAAGCUUUAAAUAGGACCGAGUUUCCGACGAAGAAGGCAGUUUCUAAUACCGAUUCUACAUGUUGGAGCAUCGCACCGUAUUCGAUAUGCCAUUGCAUUGCAUCGCUAACCCGUUGCAACGGGAAUUGGCUGACGCCAUUAUAAGGUUGCAACCGCUGGAUGAAAUUCGGAUACUUCUCGCAUGCGGUGCAAGGCCAAAUGAGCCGGUAACCCAAGGUCUGAGACCUCUUCAUUACGCCGUAUGGCAGAGAUACACCGACGCGGCUCAAUUGCUUUUAGUUCGUGGUGCUGAUAUCGAUGCUACCGACGAGUGCGGAUAUUCCGCGUUGCAUCUUGCCGCUGAGCAUGGCUAUCUCGACCUCGUUAAACUUCUAUUAAAAUACGGAGCAAAGGUCGAUCAUAGAAAAGACACUGGGGAACUAUUUCCCAGGACCAUGCUAUGCGACGAGCCUUUACGAUUGGCUUUGAGGAAUCGCCACGUCGAAGUGGCUAGGACUUUGUUGGAAGCUGGCGCCAAUCCAAACAAGAGAUAUUUCUUCGGUUCGGAGAUUAAUUUGGUUUCUCCGUUAGAUCUGGAGUGUAUGGAACUUUUAUUGGCCUUUGGUGCUCAACCCAAUAUGAGGGAUCGAGCUGGAUUGACUCCUCUAAUGAAGGCAACGAGAUCGCCUCAGGGUAUCGCAUCUGUACUUCUUUUGUUGAGUUACGAAGCGGACGUGAAUUCUAUGGCCGAUGCCAGGCAUGAUUUUCGUACGGUUCUACAUUAUGCGAUACUCGGUGGCGAUCCAGCGGUUAUCAAUCUUUUGUUAAAACAAGGUGCUAGGCUAGACCUUGGACCAGAUUAUCAAAAGCCAACCGCAUUAGAUUUGGCUAUACUCAAGGGUGAUCCUUCGAUCGUCGAGAUGUUAUUAGAGUCUGGUGCGGACGUGAAUGCAUCAUCUCCGAUCAUUGGAUCAGCCCUUCAUGUCGCUUGCGCUGACAACAUACCGAAUAGACUUCAAAUUCUUCAAAUGUUGUUAGAACGUGGCGCUGAUCCUAAUCUCGUAAUACGUAGCGACGAAGGUCUCUCGUUACGUCCGGUUUUAGCGGAAUACGUAGCGUCUAACGAAAACCCGUCGGUCGAAGUUGUCGCAUUAUUACUUAAGUAUGGAGCGCGGGUUGUCAUAAAGACACAAUUUCGCGAUCCACACGGCAUUUUAAAUUCUCUUCAGAAUACGGCGGAUAAACCUAGAUUAUUAAGGGCAUUAUUAGAAGCGGCAGAAAGUUUUGAUCCUUGUAUGAUAAAGAGAUCGAGUAGUUUGACCGACGCACAGAAGGCAUUAGUUAUGGAAGCCGCAAGAACGCCAUUACCUUUGACCCAUCAAGCUAGGCUUAUAGUGCGCAAAUUGUGCGGCACUAAAUUACCAAAAAUCGUUAGAGAUCUGCAGUUACCUCAGUCGUUACAUCGGUAUCUUCUUUACGACUUUCAUUAGCGAUCGAUUCGAUUUCGUUUCGUCGAAACGUUUGCUCGCAACUUGUGUAUCCUAUCUAAUUAUUUCGCAAAAUGAUAUAACGGGACUCAUUUAUUUACAAAUAUUAUUCCAUUUCUGUAUUUUUGUUUUUUGUUUUUUGUUUUUUUUUGUCUUUUCUUUUCUUUUGGAAUAUCCUCUUUUUUUCCUUGUUCUCGGUUUUCUUUUCUUUUCUUUUUUUUUUUUUUUCUUGCGAAUUGACGACGAUAGGUAUUAUACGAAAAAUCGAAAUCGAUAUGAAAUUUAACUUUCUUAAAAGUUAUCACUGUCGUGAGAUCUCCGUGUACGUGUAUUUCGUGCGUCUUUCAUCUACCUGAUUUGCGUAUCUCAAGAGAGAUAGUAGAGUGUGUGAGAGAGAGAAAGAAAGAGAGAGAGAGAGAGAGAGAGAGAGAGAAAGAGAGAAAGAGAGAAAGAGAGAAAGAAAAAUAGAAAGAGAAACGUUCUCUACUGAAGCGAUCAUAAUCGAUCGAGGAACGUUGCAGUUCGAAGAGCAUUACGUAUAUUAUACGAGUUGGAGUUCAUUCGAUAUUAAUGAAUACUAAUCUUCUCUUUAGAAUCUAAGUUUUACGAUUAAUUUUAGUAUUAUAGCGUAUCUCGUAAGAAUCUCGAAGAUAGUGUUUCUUUAACAUUUAAAAUCGCUCUGUUAUAUAUCUUUAUGAACGGUAUACAACAAAUGUAUAAGGAAAGCAAAAAGUUGUUCCCGAAGAAAAAG